GUGACACUUCCACAUGAAUACCUCCUCUCCGGUUUAUCUACAGAUCACAUGCCACUUUGUGGAUUUUGAUGUCGCCUAUAUCACUGUUCGGGAACACGUGGAAUGAAUUAUUCAUUUCGCUGUCAGUUCUGCUUGACAGGAGAUGAUUUCAAGCCCGCCGGUCUGUUGGACAAGUCGAGGGAGUCGUAUGUUUUCAACUCCCCUCAGGAGUUCGUUUCUCACUUGAAACUCAAGCACUUGAUUAUCAAAGCGACCUCUGAUGGGAAGAUUUACAUUUGUUGCUAUGGUCCCUCGGGUACUUGCCUUGCUAGAUCACUUAGUGAUCUGGCAUCGGUGAACGGUACUUCUCUGUCGCCGUCCAGUUUUCUUAGUCAAAAGGAGUACGAAAAGCAUUUGGUUUCUUCUCAUCUCCUGCCCGAAAUCACUGAUAUGGCAAAACCACAGUCCAUCCAUGCGAACGGUCGCCGUUCUCCUGUUCGGUGGUCUGUUCUUCAGUCAUCUGUUAACCUGCCCGCUGUCUUGAAUGACCCCACCCAUCGACAGACCGAUAUCUUCUCACGUACUUGGGGUGAACAGUUCGAACGAGCCGAAGUACUCCCUUCACCCACGCUUCCUGUGAUAACCGAGAAAGAUUUUGAACAUUAUCUCAGCAAAUUGGGCUUUCGGGGCAACUGGGCAAGUUCAACGUCCUCACCUUCUUUGUCAUCUUCGAAACCCAACGUGUUACUUCAAGCUGUUCGCAGUACGACACCAUCGCGAAACUUUCCCACAACUACGCCCAUAGCGUGGCCGGAGGAUGCCAAUACCAACCGGCCUCAGUCCCUGGACAGCAUUCCUUUGGUGUUUUUCGAACAGGGGUUCACUCUCGCACAUCCGAAAACAUUCUCCCAAGUUAUCCCACUGCACCCACGUGAUAGCACGGCCACUGGCGGAUUGCUCCCGAACAUCACCUCCUUUCUGAAUGGGUGUGAUUUCGCCACGGAACACUCACACUCGUCCAGUCGAAAACAACAAGAACAUGACUUCUACGCACAACACGAUCGGUUGGCGAACUAUCUGGAUGUAGUUGAGGUCCAUUUGGCCGAACAGGUAUCCAAAAAAUCGUCAAUCUUUUUUGAGGCUGUUUGUUGUCACGAUGUGGUCCGUGAAAAGCUCAGUGAAGCUCUGAAUCAAGUCCGAUUGGUCAGACAAAAACUGCAUCAAGUCGAUUCUAUAAUGACCUGGGCGGCGAUGCGUUUGCAUCGAGUUGUGCGUCGGAAAGCGCAUUACCGUCUCAUAUUGGAAAAACUGAAAGUGAUUGCCAGUCUUCAAGCAGCCCAGCCGACUAUUCAGAUGCUUUUGCACAGCAACGACUUUUGUACUGCCCUAGAACUAGUCGCCUCAACACAGGAACUGCUUCAAUCUUCCGAGCAAGUGCCCUCGAGGACUGGACCUACAUCCAGCACCAACGUUCCUCUGGAUCCAACUAUCGGUAGCUCACAACAAAUCACCUGUUUGCGACACCUCAGCGCACAGCUAAUUGAAAUUUCGCGCUUUGUGCGACACAUGAUUGAAGCCGAAUUCGAGGCAUCCCUGCGUCAAUUUUUGGAACCUCGUCCAUCCGGUGCUGGUCAGUACAGAAGGCCUGAUUUGGUACCCUGUCUUCUUGGACUAUUACACAUCAAACGUCACGACUUUGUCAGUGCGUUCCGGGCUGAGCUGCUACGCCAAGUGAAGCUGGUCCAACAUUCCAGAUCUUCCAAUGGUGUGGACGCUGAUGAUGAAUCCGCGAAACCUGAAGUCCCUUUAAAGGAGCACAUUGCCACAAUGUCUAGCGAGGAGUGGAUUGAAACGAUUGCUCAGCGCUGUAAGGAGCUUCAAGAACUUCUCAUACGUGCACAGGAGGCAAUGACUAUAUUUUCCGGCACAAUGAAUCAGUGCGUUCAGAGUGUGUCGGACUCUUUGGCCAAAAAUCCUUCUUCUCCACCACCAGCAGCACUACAAAUUACAUCGCCCCUCUUAACCUCGGACGAAGUCAGUCAGUUGACGAAUCAACUUCGAUUGGCCAUUGUUGCUGCAUGUAUGACCGCACAGAACCAUAUUGUGAAUCUGGCAUCCAUCCGAAUGAAACUUACCACCACCACCACCACAUCUAAAAAGGUCCCCACAAAUUCCACAAACGGGUUGGACGAGCAGCCUCCAAUGGACAAGCUCAGCAUCGAACAAUUCAUCCACCUGGCUGAUGUGUUGCAACAGUUCCAGGAAUUCGUCUUGCAAUGGACAAAACAUGACAUACGACUUCCGACCGACACAAACGAGGUCGUGAUGAACAGUCAUUCCAAUCCGUCCCCAGUUUCUCAUGAUAUGGAUGGAGAUUCGACAGACACCGCCGCUCACUCGACCAAUGAAGCCUCGUCCCCGAAGCCUGUUCACCCGAACUUCUCUAUCCCACCGCUCAUCCGAUUAUUGCUUAACUUGACCCGCAACGCUGUACACCGGUUCCAUCAGGAUCGUCUGACCAAGGUCGAUGUAGUGUUGAAUCAAGAACGUUGGCAGGCCGUAGUCGUACCGAACCAAAUACAACAGCUGGUCGAACAAACAUUCGAAUUGCGCAAAGGACGCAAACAGGCAUCUUCCACACCUCGUUCGAUCAAUCUUUCCGAUUCCGAAUCAGUCCGGUCACACAUGGCUUCCCCAAUAUCUCUUCAUGGCGGAGUUGCAUCCUCCGUGGUGCUUGGUGGCGAUCGAUUUGUCGUUGUCGGAACAGUGUUGCUUCUUUUGCCAGUCAUGGUUGACUACACAACGUUGGCUGAACAGCUACCUUGCAAGCCGUGGUCCGUGCAUGAGGUCGCCGAACGUCUAGCUGAACUUUUGAAUUCGUUCAACUCCCGCACAUGCCAGCUCGUUCUCGGCGCCGAGGCUCGACGUUCUGCAGACUUGCCCACCAUUUCCGCGCGUAACUUGGCCUUGACCUCUCGGAGUUUGCAACUGAUUUCACGAUGUAUCCCGAUUAUUCGUUCCGACUUGGAAAGCCUUGCCGCGGACGAAAGGGCAGAUUCCAAACAGUUAACUUCGGUUCCCGGUUACUUCACAAAGCGUCAUCGACAGCAAGGCUCGCUGCAACACGUGGAGAACCUGUUCCACGAGCACAUUGGACAGAUCAGUGAUAAACUCUUCAGCCUGUUGUCCAAUCGAAUCCAAGACAAACUGUCCUGUUGGCACGUGCGGCCUCCCACUCCAAGUGUUGAGCUGAAAGCGAUUUGCCGAGCCUUCACACGAAUGGUUGAGUCGACUACAGAUAUUAUGCCAGUGGAUACGCUGACAGUAAGCUAUCAUUCUUUUUUUCUUCGUUUCAGUGUGCAACUUCUAGAAAGUUUGAAAUCAAGUACAAAAGCACUGGUUGCUAGUGAACCAAUCACUGUACAGCGUUCCUCUCCUCAAGAGCUUCCCCAUCAUAAUAGCGUUUUUCGAAUCCCUCAAGACAUGGGCCUACAGCGUUUUCGUUCACUGCUGACAGAAAUGAGAUCUGGGGGCACUUCCAGCCACGAGUCUUUGGCACAGGAACUCUGA